UGAAGAGACAGAUGACAGAUGUGAGCUUUCGCAUCUGAAUUCAAGAGGUAUGAUAAAUUCAAUCAACUAUUUUGUUAUCUGCGGAUUUAAUACUACUCAACUUUGAUUUUCACCUUGAUUCAUCGAGAGAAUUAGAAGACCAAAAAUCGAGUCGGCAAGUGUGUCACCCGGUUUUUAGCUCGAGAUCCGUUCCGGGUUUCUAUACUUUGAGUUUUUUCCACCUGAACUCCUGUUUGAUAAUUGUGUGUGUUUAUAUCAGUCUAAGUUGUGCUAACGAUAUAUCGACAACUAAAAACUGAUUGGCUCCAGGUGAAAUGUAUUAAACGUGGAAAAUCCUCCAGGUGGAAAAAUAGUUUUUGAAAAAACAAGACCACCUCCGUCCAGUUGCCGAUUCCGCUGAGUUGGAGUCGUGACAAGAUGGGCUACUCGCAAGCGGCUACUGAUGAAGAUUCAAACAAGAAAAAUCCUGAAAAUGGUGAGGAUUACGAGCCGUACGAUCAUGAACCCCCCGGUAAAACUGCCUCGUACUUUGAGGCUCUGCUCAUUUUGAUAAAAGCCAGUGUAGGGACUGGCGUCCUGGGCAUGCCAAGGGCUUUUUACAACGCGGGAUAUAUUCUUGGAUUUAUGGGAACCGUUUUUGCUGGAAUUUUAAGCACAGUCACCGUUCAUUUGAUCUCAGCUAGUGAACAUGAACUAUGCAGACGGAAACGAAUCCCACAAAUGAGUUACCCAGAAACUGUAGAAGCCGCAUUUGAACAUGGCCCUGGGAAUUCUAAACGGUUUAAAAAAACGGCAAGGAUAAUAUGUCAAUUGGCUUUAGUGAUGCUGGAGUUUGGCGCAGACUGCGCCUAUGCGAUAUUCAUAGCUGAUAAUAUCAAAGAGAUUUGUGACCACAUCUUCUCACCGGCUCCUGUGCGAUUUUACCUGUUGUGCUUACUCGGGCCUUUGAUCUUGAUGUGUUGGAUCAGGAAUUUAAAGUUCCUGGCGCCAGGGUCAACCUUAGGGACUGGCUGCGCAAUAGGGUGCGUGGGGUUUGUAUUUUAUUUCGUAUUCUCGCAGCCGAUUACGCUCGAGGGGAGAAAAGCAGCCGGGUCACUCACGGACUUCUCGCUUUUCUUCGGCCAAGUUCUCUUCGCAUUUGGAGCCUACGGAAUGGUUGUUUCGUUAAAGAAUAGAAUGAGGAGGCCCGCCAGUUUUGGAUCUCCCUUAGGUGUUUUAAACGUGGCAAUGGUCCCAAAUGUGGUACUCUAUGUUGUCAUGGGCCUCUUUGGUUACCUGGCAUACGGAACCCAAACUAAAAGCUCCAUCACAUUGAACCUAUCGCAGACAGGAUUCAUCGGAGAUUUGAUUCGGAUACUGAUGGCUGGAUCCAUUUUUACAACGUACCCGCUCUGUAAUUACAUAGUUAUCGAGCAACUUUGGCAUAAAAAUCUGGCAUUGAAAUUUAAAGACAGCAACCGUCUGGUUUUCUGGGAGUAUGUCUUUCGAACGGCUGUAACUUGUGCAAACAUCGCCUGCUGUAUUGCAGUACCAAAUUUGGAGUUAAUCAUGGCACUAUCGGGAUCAUUGAUGGUGCCUACUCUUGGUGUAUGGUUGCCUAGCAUCACACACACCCUCACAUUUUGGAACAAAUACAAAGGAAUCAAAUUUGCAUUUUUCCUCUCAAGAACCGUCAUCUUAAUGCUCGUAGGUUUAUUUGCGUCCGUGGUUUCUCUCAGCACAACCGUCCGAGAAAUUUACGGAACUGCUUUCUAGUCCUCAACUCACUCAGAUCUGUGAUUUUUAAUACUUAAAAUAUUUUGUAUCAAUGUUGUAAAAAUAUACUGUACUUAGUUUUUUUUUACAAA